AUGGAGGAGGAAGCCAACAGCACGAUUUCAGAGUUUAUUUUGCUGGGCUUCUCUGCCUCCCGCCCUUCCCAGAUCUUCUUUUCUGCCAUGGUGUUUGCCUGUUACACCAUCGUCAUUCUGGGCAACCUGUUGAUCAUAGUGACUGUGAUGUCUGAGAAACAGCUACAACACAUCCCCAUGUACUUAUUUCUUGCCAAUCUGAGUCUUGCGGACAUGUCCCUCAGCUCAGUAGCUGCUCCAAAGCUGGCUGCAGAUCUGUUGAACUGUGGCCAUACCAUUUCCUAUGGGGGCUGCAUGGCCCAGAUCUUCUUCCUCCAUGUCUUCGGUGGUGCAGAGAUGCUUCUCCUCACCCUCAUGGCCUACGAUCGCUAUGUGGCCAUCUGCCACCCACUAAGGUACACAGUCAUCAUGAAUAGCCAGUGCUGCCUCAGGCUUCUCAUGCUCUGCUGGGCAGGGGGCCUCAUUCAUUCCACCAUCCAGAUGGUCUUGAUUGCCCACCUACCAUUCUGUGGGUCCAAUGUCCUGGACAACUUCUUCUGUGAUAUCCCAGAACUGAUCAAGCUGGGCUGUGCAGAUACAUAUGCCUAUGAGAUCCUCAUGGUAGUCAACAGCAGCUUGCUAACUCUGCCAUGCUUUCUGGCUUUGCUCCUUUCAUACAUCACAAUCCUGACCAGCCUCUGUGGCCAUUUCAGACAGGGCAGCGGGAAGGCUCUGUCCACCUGCAGCUCCCACCUGACAGUGGUCUGCCUCUUCUAUGUGCCCUGUGCUAUUGUGUAUCUCAAGCCCUUCUCCAGCUCCCACACCAACAAGCUGGCCUCUGUGUUCUAUGUGGUGGUCACACCUGCCCUCAAUCCCUUCAUCUACACCCUGAGGAACCAAGAGGUAAAGGAAGCCAUGAGGAAGUUGAGGCUCAACUGUAGACUCCUCCUGGUGCCUCAAAGGAAGCAGAUGUGUCAAAGGAACUGUUGUACUUAA